UAAUAUUGUUUGUUAGUGGUGUCCCCGAACGCAGCAAUGCAAGUGCCAUCGCUUGUUUACUCCAACCUAACCCCAAUCAGCAUCGUUUUCCAAUUUUCACAUCCCUAAGUAUCAUUUCAUUUCCCUUCGUUUAAAAGCCUUUCUUUUCCUUUCCUUUCUCGUCCUUUACUUACUUCAAUCCAAACAGGCUACGUCUGUGGUGCGGUGGCUCUCGCAGUUGGAAAAAUUACCUUAAUGGAAAUCUUUCUCUUUCAGUAGUGAUUCUUUGUUCGGUUCUUCUGAAUUUCUUAUCUUUGGUGGUAUUGGCAACGAGCAUCUGUAACUGAAAUCGAUUUGUUGGACUUCAGCUUGCGCUAUUUCUGCCUGUUAUGUGUUUGUCAAAAGUUCAUGAGGAGACUGUUAGAAAAUAAAAAAACCAUUGCUAAUUUCUUGCUUCAAAAUGAGAAUCCUCACCGUCAAAACCAUAUUAAAACACCAAAUAAUUGGUAGUCGAUUUAAAACAUCCUCUGCCCAGUAUGUAGCAUCGAGAGCUAGGGACCCUACAUUUGAGAAACUGAUGGACAAGUACAAAAACCUUCUCAAAGUCGUGGCAAUACAAGACCUUAUCCUUUCAAAUCCCACCAAUAACCCUCCUUCUGUAUCCCUUGAUUUCCUAUCCAGGCUCUCCCAAAAGCUACAUCUAAACCGUGGUGCUGCCUCUUUUCUCCGUAAGUACCCUCAUAUUUUCCACAUUUUUUAUGAUCCCAAUAAGUCACAGCCUUUCUGUAGAUUGACUGAUUCUGCUAUUGAUAUUUUCCGCCAAGAGACAGAAGCUAUCAAUGCCUCAUUGCCUGUUGUUGUUGACCGCUUAGUUAGGCUUUUGUCUAUGUCAACAACUAAAUCAUUGCCUCUUCGUGCUGUUUUCAAAGUUUGGAGGGAACUUGGGUUGCCAGAUAACUUUGAGGACUCAGUCAUAUCUCGUAAUUCACACAUAUUUAAGCUCUCUGAUGCUCAUGAACUUAAUACUCAUAUUUUGAAACUGACUGAUGAAAUGCAUGAUAAGAGUUUUGUGGCUUCCGUUGAGAAUUGGCGAGUUAUGGAGUGUUGUGCGGAGGACUGCAUUGUUGAUAGAACAGAACUUCAAUAUGGUUUUAAACAUUCCUAUCCACCAGGGAUGAGAUUGAGCAAGGAUUUUAGGGCUAAGGUUGAGGAAUGGCAAAGGUUGCCAUAUGUGGGGCCUUAUGAAGAGAUGGUAGAAAAGAAAAGGUUUAAGGCUGGAACAAUGGGAUUAGAAAAACGGGCAGUUGCAAUUGUUCAUGAAUUCUUGAGUUUGACAGUGGAGGGGAUGGUGGAGGUGGAGAAGAUUAGCCAUUUCAGGAAAGCUUUCGCCAUUGAUUUGAAUAUAAGGGAUUUGUUCCUCGAUCACCCGGGGAUAUUUUAUUUGUCAACCAAGGGAAAAAGACACACUGUUUUUCUUAGAGAAGCAUAUGAAAGGGGCUGUUUAAUUGACCUAAAUCCAGUUUAUAAUGUAAGGAGAAAGCUUCUAGAUCUUGUUGUGCUGGGACGCCAUGGUAUGCUAACCAAUGAAUCAAAGUCAGUGGAAAUUUGUCACACUGAGAAACCUUGUUUACAGGAUGAGAAGAGAGGCCUCUUACUUUAAGGAUGUGGUGGCAACUAGCAGGCAUAAACAAGAAGA